UGCAAAUCAAUGGUCAGACCUUCGCUCGUCCCUCGCUUCGCUUCAUUCGUCUUUGAAUGCUGAUCCCACCAAAGCGUAAAGUAUUGUGAAAUGGCAUCAAGAGCAAUAAUCUCACGUCGUGGAGGAAACACUAUACUAUCAAAGAGUCUAUUGAGAAAGCAGCUACUACUCACAAGUCGAUGGCAGUCAUCGCUCGCUUCCGCGCAAGUUGUUGAUAAACACCACGACAGAUUGGAGAUCGAAAAGGAACAGGCAGUUUUACCUGUCCCAAAAGAAUUGAAAUUUGACAAUGCGAAAGAAGCCUUUCGUUCAAAAACCACUUUUGAGAUUGCCAGGGCUCUGGCUGUAUUUAGAUUGUGCUCGAUCGAUUUUCUCGUCGAGAAAAACCAAGAGAUUAUGAAACUGUCUCAAAAACUGAUGGGGAAAAAACUUUUUAGAAAGGUGAUGAAGAGUACAUUCUAUGGACAUUUUGUGGCUGGGGAAGAUAAAGAUGACAUAAAACCUACAAUCCACAAUUUGAACAAAUAUGGAGUAGGUGCUAUUCUUGAUUAUUCGGUUGAAGAAGAUUUAUCAGAAGAGGAGACCAAAACAGCAAUGGGGGAUACAAAGCAAGAGCCAGAAUUUGUAUCAGAUAUUGCAGAUGACCAUGGGCGCUUCAAACCCCAUGAGGAAUUUGCGGACCGCCGCAAGGGUGUUUUUAGUGCACGCACCUACUUCUACUCAGGUGAACCUGAGUGUGAUGCCCGCCUGGAGACUUUUAUGGAAUGUGUAGAUGCAGCCAGCGGUGCAUCAAGUGAUGGCUUUGCCGCUAUCAAAGUCACUGCUCUAGGACGCCCUCAGCUUCUGCUGAAAGUCUCAGAGAUACUUCAUCAGACGCAGGCCUUCUUCGAUCAGCUUACAAUGGACUCUGCCAUCAAGAACAAGAUUGGUUAUGGCUUAGCAAAGAAUAGAUUUUUUGAUGGCCUGGAGAGAUUAGGGGUUGACAUAAGUCAAGAAGAGGCUGACCGCAUCUUUGACUUGAUUGACACUGAUAACUCUGGGGAUAUAGACGUGAUCGAAUGGCAUGAGUACCUGACUCCCCAGUUGCAGUUAUCCAAACUUUUCAAGGCUCACCCUGUUGGCGAUGAGGAGACAGGCCAACCUCUGAUCACAUUACUCACACCUGACGAGCUCAGACAAGUUGAGAAUAUGAGAGGAAGGCUCCACCAACUGGGCGAGCACGCAAGAAACAAGAAUGUGAGGCUGAUGAUUGAUGCUGAGCAGUCUUACUUCCAGCCCGCCAUAAGGAGAUUCACUGUUGAUUUGCAGAGAGAAUUCAACAAAUCUUUUCCACUGGUCCUCAACACAUACCAGUGUUAUCUAAAAAGCGCCCACCGUGACGCCCAAGUUGAUAUGGAGCUGGCGCGCCGCGAGGGCUUUAAAUUUGGCGCCAAAUUAGUGCGGGGCGCAUACAUGGAGCAAGAACGUCUUCGUGCCCAGUCCCUUGGCUAUGACGAUCCCAUCCACCCAAGCUAUGCCGCCACGAGCGAGUGCUACAACCAGACGUUAAAUGACAUCUUAGAGGAGUGCAGAAGAGGCGAUGCUAAUGUCAUGGUGGCAUCGCAUAAUGAGGACUCCGUCAGAUUUGCUGUCAAAAGAAUGUACGAGCUAGGAAUCUCUCCAGAAGAUAAGAAGGUGUUUUUUGGACAACUGCUCGGCAUGUCAGACCCGCUUUCGUUCACACUCGGCCAGGCAGGCUACUCUGUGUACAAGUACGUCCCGUAUGGCCCUGUGGAAGACGUGCUACCCUACCUAUCCCGGCGAGCCAUGGAAAACCGCGGCCUAUUGAAGGGUAUUCUAAAGGAACGACGCAUGCUCUGGAAGGAAUUCACCCGGCGACUGCGAGAGCGUCAGCUGUUUGGUCAUGCCACUAUGUAAAGAGAGGGAGGCAAGAGCAAGACUGAAGAUUGAACUUUUUAUAAAAGUUUUGGAAACCUUUUGGAUGAGGAAGAAUGAAGAACAAGUGAAAGAUAACAGCGAUAAUAUUUUCUUUGUCACGAAAGUAAAGCUAAAUAUAAAGAGAGACGGAAAUACAGAAAAGAAAAAUUUAUAGACUUGCUUUCCAGCCUAUGUAAUCUGAUGUCAUCUAUAAAAACGUUCGUCGUUUGGAAAAUGCAGAGAACAUAACAACAUUCGGAUUUACAGUACUGGUUACUCUUUAUUAGAGAAGAACAUACCAUCACGUCGAUGAGAAGUAGAAGACAAUAUAAUCGACAGGAUUUCAUGGGAUCUUUUAACGUCAAAAUAUGGCAGGAAGUCUCCUAGAUUAGCAAUGGGUCUAAGCAAGCUCGUCUUCCUGGACUCAAGACAGCGCGGACGAGAGGGAAGGAAAACGAGACGAAACUGAGACGACUAGUUUAACUAAACCUUAUUUUUAUCUUUAUCUUUUUUUUUUUUUGGGGGGGGAGGCUGUUGGAACCUCAUUUAAAAAGGAAUUAAUGUGGUAUUUAUUAAAUGACAUUCCGCGUCAUAGAGCCACAACUCGAAUUGUAAAUAUAAUUUUGUAAUUUGUAAAUUUGUAUUGUACAUACAUCCUGAGGAAUGGAUUUAUGUGAAAAGUGUGAAUGGUUUUGAAUAAAAAGCGUAUAGUCUAAA